AUGACCGCAGCGGAUAUGCAGUCGACAGUGGAUGACAUGCAGUUGGCGGCUUCGAUGCAGAUGAGCAAUUCGCAAAGAAUGAGCUUCGCUAUUCAUGAGAUUCUCGGAAUUCAGGUGAUAUCCACUGGGUUUCUGACCUUUCCCUUACUGUUUCUGUUCAGGGAAACGCGUACCUUUCCCAUGGAUACUGUCCUCAAGGGACUUUCUUCACAAAUCAACCGAAUUUCAUGGACAUCAGCUCCUGUGGAGUUUCCAGUUUUGAUCGUUCUCUUUGUGCUACCGAUGGUCUCGGGAACGUUCAAACGGCCGCUCCUCUGAUGUAUCGAAUGCCUACCCAGACGACUCAAUCGUUACCGUUGGUGGAAUCUCAGACUCAGAUCAGCUCGACGAGUAAUUCUUCGUCCGCUUCCAAUUCGAACACUUCUGGUAACGGUGGGGGUGGAGGAGGCGGAGGAAAAGCAAAUAAACGGAAGAAAAGAAGACAUCGUACCAUCUUCUCUCAAUACCAAAUCGACGAACUCGAGAAAGCAUUCCAAGAUGCUCAUUAUCCGGAUGUGUACGCACGCGAAGUGUUGGCCGGAAAAACGGAACUUCAAGAGGAUCGGAUUCAGGUCAGUUGGGAUCUUAUUCCAAAACCAAUUACGUGCUUCCAUUUCGUUUUAUUUAAUUUUAUCGGCGCGCUUUUAUUGGCGCUAAUUUCCCGAGUGCUCUUUGUCUCGUCUCAAAGUUGACGGAGGGACGACGGCGAAGGGAAGUGUCAAUUGAAUUUCCUGCGUGUGGAGACUGCCAAUUGACUGAAACACGCUCUCCGGAUGCUUCAGCACACCCUGCAACCCGAACCCUUCCCGAAAGAUUAACCCUAUCCCAACAAAUUCACACGGUCCCUUGGAAACCAAACACCAUUCUGUUUAGCUAAACACAUUCGCCUCUUGUUUUCAGGUAUGGUUCCAGAACCGAAGAGCCAAGUGGCGCAAAACAGAGAAAACGUGGGGCAAGAGCACGAUAAUGGCAGAGUACGGACUGUACGGAGCGAUGGUUCGUCAUUCGCUUCCUCUUCCGGAAACGAUCACGAAAAGUGCGGAGACGUCGGAUCCACAACAAAGCGCUGCUCCAUGGCUUUUAGGUUAGGUUUUUUACCAUGUCCAAAUCUUCCUAGCUGUAAUUGAAUUAUCACAAUUAAAUGGCGAGAACCUCUCCGUAUUACUCUCUAAUGUAGUGUCAAUGUAAUUGGAACGCAACGCAACAACGCCUGCGCAAUACGCACCUGUCCGAGCUCAAAAGCCACUUUCAGGAAUGCACAAAAAGAGUCUGGAAGCAGCAGCAUGUCUGGAAAGCGUUGAGAAAUGUGAUCUCUCGGAUAGUGACGACGACGAGCGUCCGACUCAUCACAUGUCGGUCAAGCAGGAGUACAAGGUGAGCUACAUCUUCUCGUUUCGUUUUCAUGCUCUGCCUAAUCAUUUCAGCCGUCGAACAUUCCGGAACGCUCGGCGGAGCUCGUCUCUCAUCAACAACCAACUCUCAAUUUCGACGUGAAUCUUGUUGAUACCUCUUCCCUUUCCCAAUUACAUUUCCCGACCGCCCAAAUGAUUCCGGCGAACAGUUCGCUGAAGCUCUACCAUGAUUACACCAACUCAUUGUAA